AUGAAAUCAACUGGCUCUUAUUCUAAGCAUGGUUGUUUAGAAUGUAAAAAAGCCCAUAUAAAAUGUGACGAACGUAAACCAAAAUGUGGUAGAUGUUGUAAAUUACUUAUUGAAUGUAGAUAUGAAGGGAGUAUUAUAUUAAAUUCAUUUGGUGACAAAAUUGUUCCAGUAGCUAAUGAGAAUUGCAAUAAAAUUACAAAAGAAAGAAGUACUAAUAAUAACAAUCAAUAUGGUGCCAAUGAGGACAAAAAUAGUAAUAAGGAAGUCAAUAAGCGUAUGAAAUUUAAUUUUGUUGCAGAUCGAAAAAAAAAAUCCCCCAAUAAACCAAAAAAGAAUAGUAUACUAGUUAAUCCUUCUUUAAAAUUUCAAAGAAAGUUUACGUUGGGGCCCUAUAAAGUUCCUCAAACCUCACAAUUAAAAGCUAAUAUGACACCUGAUGUAUUAAAGAAAGAGCGUCUUAUACCUAUUGAAAUUAAAGAAAAUACUGCGACUUAUCUUUCUAGCAAUCAUAACGAAGAGUGUAAGAUUUGUGUAAGGAAUUCAGCUAAAAAGAAGAAAAAGGAUGCAACUCUUCAACCCAAUGAUUCAUCAGAUUCUUUAAAUGACAACGAUAUAAUAUCAUAUAUAACAGACCAUAAUAAACCCAUAUUUGACAAAACAGACAAAGUAAAUGAGGAAAGUUGGCAAAAUGAGCGGUCUAGAAAAAAUAUACGAAUAACAUCAGAAGAGUACGAUGGGUCUGGACCAUCCCACCUUGGUUGCAAAAAAUUUAGCAUAAAAUCAUGUAUACCUAAGACAGAUAUGUCAUUAUUAACAAUGUUAAGCUUUGAUCCAUUAAUACCUGAAAUUCCAAAAUUGGCAUCUAUAUCAAAGUUUCUACCACCACGUAGACUUUCAAAAAUUCUAAUGCAUGAUCCACUGUCAAAAAUAUCAUCUGAAGUUAUUGAUAUUUUUGCACCAGAGAUAAUGAAUGUGUGUUAUUCAGUCCUAGUAACAUUUCUCUAUCAGUAUGCAUCAUUAAUCUCUUUAGAGUACCGACUAAUUUUUUUAGAAGAAACUAUUAUUUCACAGCCAUAUUGUACCAUAGUCUAUUUUGCCUCAAGUAUAGUUAAAAUGACUUAUAAUUUCGAAAAUAAUCAAUUAGGAAAUAUUUGGAACAUUCAUAUAAGGUUACCUAGCUUAAAGUGCGCUCUUCAAAAUAUGGAAGUUUCUGAGAUAAGUUCAAAAUCAGAGAAAUGUAUUAUUGAUUUUUUUGGUUUAUCAUAUUUAUGUGGUUAUGUAAGCAAUAGUUCCUUGUAUUCAUUGAUUGAAUUAACUAGAAACUCAGGAUUAAUGAGUGGAUGGUAUUCAAUAUUAUUUUCAUUAUAUGGUGUUCGAAGUAUGUUUUUAAACAAUGAAUUAUCAUUUUUAGAAAACUAUGAAGAAAUUCGUCCAAUUAUUCAAUCAUUUUAUGGUAAGACAAAGAAUAUGGAAAAUAAGAGUAAUACGCUAACUAAAUAUGGAAUCCAUGGGUUUGUCCUAUGUGUCUUUGAAAUAUUGGAAGAGGCUCAUUUAUUAAGUAAGGAAAGUAUUUUAGCUCUGGGUGAUGAUUUGAUGAUUUACAAAUUGUCUAAUAUAUCUAUUAAGCUAGAGAAAAGCUUAAAGAGGUCGGGAGAAAAUUUGAUAAAGAAAGUAGAAGCAAUUAAAGAAACGAUAUUUGACGUAAAUAAUACCAGCAAAAUAAUAAAUAAUAAUAAUUCAGAGAAAAAUAUAUUUGAGCAAGAAACAAUGCUCUGCUACUUAUCAUUAAAAUCCUAUAUUUCUUAUUUUUAUCUGAAUUGUAAUAAAGAGGAAAUUAUGAAAUAUUUAAGGGAAAUGUUGGCAUUAUGUGACAAUUUUUCUGAUGUAACAUUACCAAUGGGCGUAAUAUUUUUCUGGUGUGUUUAUAUGGGAGCACAAAUAUGUAAAACAUCUGAUGAACUCGAUAUGUAUAGAUCGUUUUUAAAACUAUUACAAAUCCAUGAGAUAGCAAAACCUUCAACUACUGUGCAUAAAGCAAUAAAUCAGCUAACCUCAUUCGAUACAGCAAUGUAUAAAGACUUGCAGGUACAUAAUAAAGAAGAGGAUAUUAAACGUGUUAGUUAA